AAGAAUGGUGAAAUAAAAGCAAGAGGAAGACUCUAGGUUUCAACUUAAAAAGCCAUAAUACUGGAAGAAGCUUCCAGAAAAUCCUAUUUUGAAUGAAUCUUAAAUAAUAAAUAAAUCUUCCCUUCUUUUCCAUUCUCCGAUUCAUCCUUCCAUCCAGCAAAUCUUCAAUUAAAUUCGGCGAUAAGUUGAUUGGAUCCAUACCAUUGGCAUAUAAAGAGAUGGAGAAUGGAGGAGUAGAGAACGCCCACGCCCACGGCGACGGCAACGGCAAUGGGCAGGCGGCGUCGUAUACUUAUUGGGUGAGAGAAACGACGGCGGACGCUGCUCCGCUCCCUGUUCCUAAGAAGCUCACUGCUCAAGACGUCCUUUCAACUCAAUCUCAGUCUACAUCUCUUGGUUCUGUUUGGAAUAAGGCUGGAACUUGGGAGGAGAAAAACCUUAAUAACUGGGCUACUCAAAGAUUAAAGGAAUUGCUUAAAUCUGUGGGUUCAUUGGAUUUAUCUUGUGGCAAGGCUGAAAUUUCUGAUGUAACCAAGUGUGUUGGCGAUGCAUUUUUGGUGACUGUACGAAACAAGAAGCGUGUUGGCUAUACGUAUGAGUUGACAUUAAAAAUCAACGGGGAGUGGCAUCUACUGGAGGAGAAGAAGACGGUUAAGGGCCAUAUUGAUAUCCCAGAAUUUUCUUUUGGUGAGCUCGAUGAUUUGCAGAUGGCAGUACAGCUUAGUGAAGAAAAGGAUUUCGUGCAGCAAGACAAGCAGCAGAUUAUCCAGGACUUGAAGAAGCGGUUUUUGCAGCCCGUCCGGGAGAAAUUGCUUCAAUUCGAGCAGGAACUCAAAGAUCGGUAGCGAGGGUUUGAGUUUGGUUUCAUUUAAACUUUGGGUUUUGAUGAAAUUUAUUAUUAGACUGCAACUGUAACUGUAUUCUUCUGUCAUCUGUUGUUAGCCACUGCAAUUUUAUUGGAAUUUUAUGUAAGGGGACAUAAGAUUGUUAAGGAGCAAAUUGCUUCGCUGAUAAAUGGUUUAAGUGUGCCACUACUGUUUAGAUCAAAAAAUAGUAUAGCUUGCCUGCAAUGGUAGCUGUUUAAUUGAAAUUCUCCACAUAUUUUUCAUAGUA